CCACCAAAAUCAAAUUCAAUCUACCACUCUCACUCAACCCUCCCACUUCUCUCUUUUUCUCUCUGCAGCAUUCAUUCCUCGGAUUUCUUUCCUUAGAAAAAGAAAUGGCAAUGUUGAAUUUGGCUGUUUCCAGUCUCAGAGCAAACGUCUCUCCACCUCUCCUGCCCUUCUCAUCCUUUCCUGAUUCCUCAGUCGUUUCUUCUAAAAUCUCUGCCUUGUCCUUUCCCUUAGCUGCAACAAGUAGCAGACGAGCUGUCCUUGGCCCCUCCACCGCCUUCAAGACCGAGCCUUUCCAAGGAUUGGAGUUGACCCAACAUCAACAAGAAGGAGAUGAAGAGGAAGAACAAGUAGUAAGGACGGAACCCACAGAAACCCUCUUGUACUCCUUUGCUCCUUUGCCCUGGCUAUUUGUGGCCUCUCUUCCUGGAGCUGCAACUGUGAGGUCUCUGUUUGGGCCUUUCGUUGAACUGGUUAAGUCUUUGAAUCUUCCAGAUUGGUUAGUCCACUGGGGUCACCCUGGCAACAUGGCUGUUGUUCUCUUUGCUAUGGGUGGUUAUGGAACUUACUUAGGCUUCCGAAUUCGGUUCUCCGACGAUGUGGAGGAGAAGGCAAAUGCCAAAGAUUUACACCCAAAGCUAUUGGGUGGUAUGUUUUUCUUCUUUGCUCUUGGAGCAACUGGUGGAGUUACAUCUCUACUCACUUCUGAUAAACCUAUCUUUGAGAGUCCACAUGCUGUUACAGGUUCUCUUGGGCUUGCUUUGUUAACCAUACAGACCAUUUUGCCUGCAUUAUUCGAGGGAAAUCCUGGACUAAGGAAUGUUCAUGGUAUCUUGGGUAGUGGGAUCAUGACUCUAUUUCUUAUCCAUGCCACACUUGGGCUACAACUUGGCCUCAGCUAUUGAUUCUUUUCCCAAGUUAAAGCUUUUCAGGAUUCAUUUCAGCUUACCAUUGUGAAGUUCAUCUAAAAUAAUAGGGAACCAAAAAAAAUUGCCAUUUCUGAUGAGAGACAUGGUUGCAGUGAUUCAGUUGUAGUAGUGCCUGUUUGGUACUAAUGUCAAAUAUCAUGAACCAUAAUUUUCACAAAUGUGAAUGAAAUAAAGUUCUCC